UUUAAAUUUUUUUUUACUCUCAAGAAUUGCCAAGAAGAUGCUUUUAGAAGAAAUUAAAGCCAAUCUUUCCUCUGAUGAUGAAGGAUCUUCAGAUGAUGAACCAGAAGAAGAGAAAAAGAGAAAUGGAAAACCAAAUGAAGAAAACCCAGGAUAUGAGGAAGCAAAAAAUCAAGACAAUUCCGAAUCUGAUUCAGAUUCUGAAGAAUCUAAGAAGCCAAGAUACAGACAUAGGCUUUUGCGGCACAAACUGGCUGUGAGUGAUGGAGAAUCUGGAGAAGAAAAAAAGACAAAGCUUAAAGAGCAUAAAGAAGCUAAGGGUAGAAAUAGAAGAAAAGUGAGCAGUGAAGAUUCAGAAGAUUCUGAUUUUCAGGAAUCGGGAGUUAGUGAAGGAGUUAGUGAAUCUGAAGAUGAACAGCGUCCUAGAACAAGGUCUGCAAAGAAAGCAGAAUUGGAAGAAAACCAGCGGAGUUAUAAACAAAAAAAGAAAAGACGACGUAUUAAGGUUCAAGAGGAUUCAUCCAGUGAAAAUAAAAGUAAUUCUGAAGAAGAAAAAAAGGAAGACGAAGAGGAUGAAGAGGAGGAGGAGGAAGAUGAAAAUGAUGAUUCUAAGUCUCCUGGAAAAGGCAGAAAGAAAAUUCGGAAGAUUCUUAAAGAUGAUAAACUAAGAACAGAAACACAAAAUGCUCUUAAAGAAGAAGAAGAGAGGCGAAAACGUAUUGCUGAGAGGGAGCGUGAGCGAGAGAAAUUGAGAGAGGUGAUAGAAAUUGAAGAUGCCUCACCCACCAAGUGUCCCAUAACAACCAAGUUGGUUUUAGAUGAAGAUGAAGAAACCAAAGAACCUUUAGUGCAGGUUCAUAGAAACAUGGUUAUAAAACUGAAACCCCAUCAAGUAGAUGGCGUUCAGUUUAUGUGGGAUUGUUGCUGUGAAUCUGUAAAAAAAACAAAGAAAUCUCCAGGUUCGGGAUGUAUUCUUGCCCACUGUAUGGGCCUUGGUAAGACUUUACAGGUGGUAAGUUUUCUUCACACAGUUCUUUUGUGUGACAAAUUGGACUUUAGUACAGCUUUAGUGGUUUGUCCUCUUAAUACUGCUUUGAACUGGAUGAAUGAAUUUGAGAAGUGGCAAGAGGGAUUAAAAGAUGAUGAGAAGCUUGAGGUCUCCGAAUUAGCCACUGUGAAACGUCCUCAGGAGAGAAGUUACAUGCUUCAGAGGUGGCAAGAGGAUGGUGGUGUUAUGAUCAUAGGGUAUGAGAUGUACAGAAAUCUUGCUCAAGGAAGGAAUGUGAAGAGUCGGAAACUUAAAGAAAUAUUCAAUAAAGCUUUGGUUGAUCCAGGCCCUGACUUUGUUGUGUGUGAUGAAGGCCAUAUUCUUAAAAAUGAAGCGUCUGCUGUUUCAAAAGCUAUGAAUUCUAUACGAUCAAGGAGGAGAAUUAUUUUAACAGGAACACCACUUCAAAAUAACCUAAUUGAGUAUCAUUGCAUGGUUAACUUUAUCAAGGAAAAUUUGCUUGGAUCUAUUAAGGAGUUCAGGAAUAGAUUUAUAAAUCCAAUCCAAAAUGGUCAGUGUGCAGAUUCUACCAUGGUAGAUGUCAGAGUGAUGAAAAAACGUGCUCAUAUUCUCUAUGAGAUGUUAGCUGGAUGUGUGCAGGUACAGAUAUAUUCCGUCAUAAUAAAUGAAAGCAAGUUGAAUACAUUGGUGCAGAAGCUUCAUGACUUCCUGGCACACUCAUCAGAAGAAUCUGAAGAAACAAGUUCUCCUCCACGACUUGCAAUGAAUCAAAGCAUAGAUAAAAUCAGUGGUUCUGGAAAUAAUUCUGAUCUGAUGGAAAAUAGCAAGGAAGAGGGAACUAGCUCUUCAGAAAAAUCCAGAUCUGUAGGAUCCUCACGAUCAAAGAGAAAACCUUCAGUUGUAACAAAAUAUGUAGAAUCUGAUGAUGAAAAACUUUUGGAUGAAAAUGUGAAUGAAGAUGCUUCUAAUGAAAAUUCAGAAAAUGAUAUUACUAUGCAAACCUUGCCAAAAGGUACAGUGAUUGUACAGCCAGAACCUGUGCUGAAUGAAGACAAAGAUGAUUUUAAAGGGCCUGAAUUUAGAAGCAGAAGUAAAAUGAAAACUGAAAAUCUCAAAAAACGCGGAGAAGAUGGGCUUCAUGGAAUUGUGAGCUGUACAGCUUGUGGACAACAGGUUAAUCAUUUUCAAAAAGAUUCCAUUUAUAGACACCCUUCAUUGCAAGUCCUUAUUUGUAAGAAUUGUUUUAAGUAUUACAUGAGUGAUGACAUUAGCCGUGACUCAGAUGGAAUGGAUGAGCAAUGUAGAUGGUGUGCAGAAGGUGGAAACUUGAUUUGUUGUGACUUUUGCCAUAAUGCCUUCUGCAAGAAGUGCAUUCUGCGCAAUCUUGGUCGAAAGGAGUUAUCUACAAUAAUGGAUGAAAAUAACCAAUGGUAUUGCUACAUUUGUCACCCAGAACCUUUAUUGGACUUGGUCACUGCAUGUAACAGUGUAUUUGAGAAUUUAGAACAGUUGUUGCAACAAAAUAAGAAGAAGAUAAAAGUUGACAAUGAAAAGAGUAGUAAAGUAUGUGAUCAUGCACCCAAAUUUUCUCCAAAGAAGAAUAGUACAAAUUGUAAUGGAGAAGAUAAGAAAUUAGAUGAUUCAUGUUCUGGUUCUGUAACCUACUCUUAUUCUGCACUAAUUGUGCCCAAAGAGAUGAUUAAGAAGGCUAAAAAACUGAUUGAGACUACAGCCAACAUGAAUUCUAGUUAUAUUAAGUUUUUGAAGCAGGCAACAGAUAACUCGGAAAUCAGUUCUGCUAUGAAAUUACGUCAGCUGAAGGCUUUUAAAUCUGUGUUGGCUGACAUCAAGAAGGCUCAUUUUGCAUUAGAAGAAGAUUUGAAUACUGAGAUUCGAGCUUUGGAUGUAUUACACAAAGAAAAAAAUACCAAAGAGUAUAAAGUCAUGGAUGCUAAGUCUGAAACAAAAGUACGAAAAGGAGAAAAACCCUGUUCUUUGGAAAAGAAGGAUCUUUCAAAGUCAGAAGUUAAACCAUCAAGAAAACAGGUAGAUAGUGAGCACAUAGAUCAGAGUGGUGCACCAGCAGAGGAACAACGAGCAAAUAAAAGUACCAGUGGUGAACACAAGAAGUCUGACAGAAAAGAAGAACCUCAAUAUGAGCCUGCUAAUACUUCUGAAGACUUAGACAUGGAUAUUGUGUCUGUUCCUUCUUCAGUGCCAGAAGACAUUUUUGAGAAUCUUGAGACUGCUAUGGAAGUUCAGAGUUCAGCUGAUUAUCAAGUUGAUGGCAAGAGUAGAACCGAGCAAGAACUGGAGAGCUCAUCGGUAAAACUAAAUGCUCCUUCAAAAGACAACAGAGGAGGUAUUAAGUCCAAAACCACAGCUAAAGUAACAAAAGAAUUAUAUGUUAAACUCACUCCUGUUUCACUUUCUAAUUCUCCAAUUAAAGGUGGUGAUUGCCAGGAAGUUCCACAAGAUAAAGAUGGUUGUAAAAGUUCUGGUCUGAACCCCAAGUUAGAAAAAUGUGGACCUGGGCAGGAAAACAGUGAUAGUGAGCAUUUAGUUCAAAAUGAAGUUCCAUUACUUUUAGAAGAAUCUGAUCUUCGAAGAUCUCCACGAGUAAAGACUACCCCUUUAAGGCGACAGACAGAAAUAAGCCUUGUAACAUCUAAUUCAGAUGAGGAAAGUAAUGAAACAGUUAAGGACAAACAAAAAUUGUUAGUUCCAAUUAAAAAAAAGGAUAAGCGAAAUUCUUCUGACAGUGCUAUAGAUAAUCCUAAACCUAACAAAUUGCCUAAAUCUAAGCAAUCAGAGAUUGUGGAUCAGAAUUCAGAUUCUGAUGAAAUGCUGGCAAUCCUCAAAGAGGUAAGCAGAGUGAGUCAUAGUUCUUCAGACACUGACAUUAAUGAACCUCAUACCAAUCUUAAGACUUUGUAUAGUUUAAAAACCCAAACAGGGAAAGAUGAUAAAGGAAAAAGAAAACGGAAAAGUUCUACUUCUGGGUCAGAAUUUGAUAUUAAAAAAGGCAAAUCGGCUAAAAGCUCUAUAAUCUCUAAAAAGAAACGCCAAAACCAGUCUGACUCUUCUAAUUAUGACUCAGAGUUAGAAAAAGAGAUAAAAAGCAUGAGUAAAAUAGGGGUUGCCAGAACAACCAAAAAAAGAGUUUCCAAUAAAAAAGAUUAUGAUUCUUCCGAAGAUGAAAAGCAUAGCAAAAGAACUGAUAGUCAAGGACCAAAAAGUAUUGAAGACUCACAAGAGGGAUCGUCUGAUGAUGCUGAGAGAAAGCAAGAGAAAAAGUCUCUGUCUUCAGCAGAAGGUGCAGUUGAGAGAGACAAGGCCUUCACAGGAUUAAAAGAUCGACCUUUGAAGAAGCAGAUGCCACGUGUUUCCUCUGAUGGUGCUGAUAAGCUGCCUUCUGGCAAAGAGGAGAGUUUAAAUUCCCCAGAAGACAAAAUUAUUUCUAAAACUAAAGAAAAGAAUAAGCACCUGAAAACCAAAACAUGUAAAAAAGUACAGGGUGGCCUAUCUGAUGCUGUUGACAAAUUCCCAAAGAAAGAGCAGAGUGAUGAAUCCUCUGAAGAUGAUAAAAAGCAGAUCAAAAAGGAAAGUGAAGAAAAGAAGAAAACUACAGACUUGAAGAAAAAAGUAAUUAAGAUAGAAUCACAGUAUGAAUCAUCGUCAUCUGAUGGUAUUGAGAAAUUACCUGAGGGAGAAGAUUGUCAGUAUACUAAAAUCAUAACACAAAGUAAGAAUGAUAUAACUGAUGGUGAAAAAAAAGGCAAAAAACUAAAAGAUAAAGUGUCUAAAAAGAAGGACGAAUUAUCUGAUAAUGUUGAGAAAUUACCAGGGAAAGGGGAUAGUUGUGACUCUUCAGAAGAUAAAAGGAGUAAGACUAGAGCAUCUGCUAGAGAAAAGAAAAAAUGCAUUUUGCCUCAAAAAGGUCCAAGGAAGAGACAAGAGUGUUCAUCAUCCGAUACUGAGAAAUAUUCCGUGAAAGAAGAUGGUUGUGACUCUUCUGAAAAGAGACUGAAAAGAAUAGAAUUGAGGGAAAGACGAAAUUUGAAUUCAAAGAGAAAUACUAAGGAAAUACAAAUUUGCUCAUCAUCUUCUGAUGCCGAGGAAAGUUCUGAAGACAAUAAAAAGCAGAAGAAACCAAGAACUUCAGCUAAAAAGAAGGCUGGCAAUAUCAAGGAGAAAAAGAGAAACUCCCUAAGAACGAGCAUUAAAAGGAAGCAAGCGGACAUUACUUCCUCAUCUUCAGAUAUAGAGGAUGAUGAUCAGAAUUCUAUAGCGAGGGAGCAGUGA